AGUUGGUUGAAAUUCAAAAUCCUCCAUUAAAACUCUGCUUUUCUUCUCUCACAGAAAUGAUUCUCAAGAGAAAUCCUUUUCCAGUUCCACAGAAAAGGAAUUUUUUAGCCUCGACUCCCCCAAUCUCUCAGCCAUCCGAACCACCUUUUUUGGGGAUCAUCCUCCUCAUCAGAUUCCCCCCUUUUUUUUCUUUUUUUUCUUUCUUUUAAUUUUUUCUGCGAUCAAUCUUAACUUUCUUUUCCAAGCUAAGAAUCUCUUUCGUUUUUCUUCCAUUUUUUUAAAAACAAUUUCUGCGGUUUUCUCCCCUUUUCUACGAUGCCAAAAUUGCCAAUCUUCUCUCUAAUUGCACAUCAAAAACCCCCUUUAUUUCCCCACCCUUUACUUCUUCUCUUUCUUUCUUUCUUUCUUUCCCUUUCUCUCUUCUUCCCUGUUCUGGGUCCUUUUCAUUCCAUAAAACCUCCCUUUCUCGCUUUUCGAAAUCCCGGCAGACGACUAUCUCUUAUACUCUUAUACAUACACAAAUAUUGACAUAAUACAUAUACAUACACUUCCAUUUUCAUGGCUGAUGCUACUCAAAUACACCACCUUUCCCAGCCUUGCAUUUAUGGGCUUUCUGCUCCUCCAAAUACAGAGAAGAAAUCGCGGUUUAUGAAAUGGCUGAGUAAGAUAUUUAAAGGCAGUGGUGGUAGUGGUGGUGGGUCUAGUCGCAGUUCAUCAGCUGGUGGUCGACAUCCGCAGUUUCUUGAGGAUGAAAACAUGGUUUGGCGGGCACCUUCUAGAUCAUUGGAUGAUCGUCCCAGAGCAAGUAAAGACCAGGAAGAGUUAGACCGUGCACUUGCGUUCUCUUUGUCAGAUGACUUGAAAAGACCAGGUAGCUGUAAACGGCGCACAGACAAUGAUGAAAAUACUGCAAAGGGACUACAAGAUAGCCUCCACAGACCUUCCUAUACACCCUAUAUGCCCUCUUAUCCUGAUUAUCCUCCUUAUGAUCCAGUCCCAUUUUAUCCUAGAGGAUAUAGAUUAUGCAGCGGAUGCAAUGGUGAAAUUGGGUAUGGCAAUUAUCUUGGAUGCAUGGGGACCUUUUUCCAUCCAGAAUGCUUUUGUUGUCGUUCUUGCAGUUACCCCAUCACUGAACAUGAGUUUUCUUUGUCAGGGAAGGAUCCAUACCACAAAACCUGUUUCAAGGAGUUAACCCAUCCGAAAUGUGAAGUUUGUCAUCAAUUUAUCCCAACAAAUACAGCUGGAUUAAUUGAGUAUCGGUGCCACCCAUUUUGGUCGCAGAAAUAUUGUCCCUCACAUGAGCAUGAUCAGACAGCCCGUUGCUGCAGUUGUGAACGUUUAGAGUCUUGGAAUACAAGGUACAUUGCCUUAGGAGAUGGAAGGAGUUUAUGUUUAGAGUGCAUGGAAUCUGCCAUCAUGGAUACCGGUGAUUGCCAACCUCUCUAUCAUGCCAUUAGAGAUUACUAUGAAGGGAUGAACAUGAGAAUUGAUCAACAGAUUCCCAUGCUUUUGGUUGAACGGCAGGCCUUAAAUGAAGCUAUUGUAGGGGAGAAAAAUGGCUUUCAUCACAUGCCAGAAACCAGAGGUUUAUGUCUUUCUGAAGAGCAGACAGUGACCAGUAUACUCAGAAGGCCAAGAAUCGGAGGACAUAGAUUGGUAGGAAUGAGAACACAACCUCAGAAACUAACCCGAAGAUGUGAAGUUACAGCCAUUCUUGUUCUAUAUGGUUUGCCAAGGUUGUUAACGGGUGCUAUACUUGCUCAUGAGUUGAUGCAUGGAUGGUUACGUCUUAAAGGGUACCGCAAUCUGAGUCCUGAAGUUGAGGAGGGAAUCUGUCAAGUGCUUUCAUAUAUGUGGCUUGAGUCAGAGGUGAUGCCUGGUUUUAAAAACAUGGCAUCCACAUCAACAGCUUCAACAUCUUCAUUUUCAACUUCAAAGAAGGGAAAGACUUCUGAUGUUGAGAAGAAGUUGGGGGAGUUCUUCCUUCACCAGAUUGCACAUGAUGCUUCUCCAGCUUAUGGUGGAGGUUUCAGAUCAGCAAAUGCAGCUGUCAAUAAAUAUGGUUUACGCCGUACAUUAGAUCAUAUACGUCUUACUGGAAGUUUUCCAAUCUAAAACAAGAAUUAAGAUCCCUCCUUUCCUUGCCUAUUUCAUUCACACUCUUUGACACAUACAGGAUAGUUCCUUCAUUUCUUCGAUCUCAACUCUCAAGAGUAUUCAACGUCAACUGACCAUGGAAAUCUUAAAAUGAGUUUCCACCCUUGGUUUUUAUGGGGUCAUUUACAUAUCACAUUUAUUAGAUUUUACGCGGUUAUAUAAUAAUCUGUCAAAUACUACCAUAUAUUUGUUGAGAAAUCAUCUUUUUAUUUUAUGUUACUGUUAUCAAUUGAAUUACCAUAUCAUUAUAUGAUAAAAUGUAAUUUUGACCUUGA